AUGGCAGGAGCGAGAGUUGGGACCGCCUCCCUCCAUCUGCUCCCCCUCACGAGCCUCAUCAGCCGAACGACCUCAUCGCCCUCUCACGGCUCAAAGCGAACCUCCAAUGGGUCCAGACUGAGCAUUAGGCAGACAACCCGAUUGUCGCCUCCCCCCUCGCUCCUCUCCUUCCCGCCCUUUCGAGCUUCCUUCCCUCGGUUGACUCAGGACCGCGAUGGCCGACAUUCUUCUCGACAUCCUCGGGACUUUCCUCGACGGCCUGCUCACAUCCUUCUCCUCCACCCGAACGGUCUUCUCAGCAGAAUGUGGAGCAGCAUGUUGUCCCUGCGCGGCACCUUGUUGUAG